CAAGUUCGAAGACAAAAAAGUCAAGACGACGAGACGGUAUCCGACACGCCUUUGCCCACAGUUUCGUUUCACUCUCUCUCUCUCUCACCCUUCCAUGCGCCGAUCAGAAUCGGAGCGGAGGAAAUGAACCCGAGGGUCGGUAUUCUAACUUCUCCGGCGAGAUUCCCGGCAGAGACAUACGGCUUUUGGCCAGAGGAAAGCUCUCGUUUCCUCAGGUACUACGCCGUAUGGGAAUUCAACGCCUUCUGCUGGAUCUCGCUCUUCGUUGUCACGUAUGUCCUCUUCGUUAGGGUUUUCGAGCUCUUCAAGCUCUGGUUUCAGGCGAGGAAGCUUACAGGUCCGCCGUGCGAUGGUUUUUCCGGUCAUAGCGCGCUUCUCUCCGGCGCGAAUCUCACCGAUGUAAUAUCCAAUACGCACGAGAAAUAUGGAUCAAUUGUUAAGCUGUGGCUAAGUCCUGCUUCGCUUUUGGUUUCCAUAAAAGAUCCAGAACUGAUCAAACAAGUGCUCUUAAAGGCUGAAGAUAAACUACCGGUGGGUCGAAAAGUUCUCCGAAUGGCAUUUGGCCGCUCAUGCCUAUUCGCAUCUUCGUUUGACGAGUUACAGGAAAGAAGACAGUUGUUAACAGCGGAGUUCGAUCGGAGGUCUCUUGAAAUAGCAAAUGGUUUACCCAGCAAGCUCUUGGGGUCUAUCAUUGGACAAAUGAACCUGGCAGGAGGAGGCCUCGAUUGCAACGUGGUCGCUCAGCAUAUGGCCUUUACCUUACUGGGGAGUUUGCUGUAUGGGGAAGCAUUCUUGGGGUGGAAUAAGGCAACCAUUUAUAAGGAUAUGCUGUUGAAGAUUGUCGAGGGUUCUCGUUUUUGCACUUCAUAUCGCAUUACUCCAAUCUGGAAUCGGGAAUUUUGGAGGUAUCGGAAGUUGUGUACAACAUAUAAAUGCUUAACUAAUGACAUUCUUCAGCGAUGCAGAAUGUGCUGCAUGCUUCCAUCUUCGGCAGACGAGAGGUCACAUGAUAAGCCUGACGGUAGUGAAGUGGAGCACUACCAUGGUGUUCCUAACCAAACUACUGGACUAUCUUUUUCUGGUUCUGUGCUAGAUUAUGGUUCCUCCAAGCAGUUUAAUGGCCAUCCGGAUCCAAGAGAGGAGCUAUAUGGAAAUAUUACCACUGUAAUGUUUCAUGGUUUCUUUACAACUGCAGAUCUGAUUGGGAAUGUCUUGGCAAGUCUUGUCGCUCACCCAGAGAUACAAAAUGAACUCUAUUCAGAGAUGGUUGCCUUACGUAAGGCCUCGACAAAACAAGAUGAACAUGAUGUUCAUCAUAUGCAUUUGCUGCUGGCAACUAUCUAUGAAUCUGCUCGUCUUCAGCCAGCAAGACCUCUGCUACAGAGAUGUCUGAAGCAUGAUCUAUGCCUAAAGAAUGGAACAACAAUACCUGCUGGAGCCAUAGUCGUUGUGCCCGUACAAUUGGUGCAGACAGAUCCUUCUAUUUGGGGAUGUGACGCUACUAAAUUCAAUCCCUAUCGAUUUCUCUCCCAAGCAUCUGACACGGUCCACGACUCAUCGCUCACAGGUUCCCAGAAAGAUGAGGGAGAGACGAGUCCCGCGAAAUUCGUGUUGAAGGAUCCAAAGGAGGACAUAACAUUACUUUCCUUCGGUGGGGGCCUGCGUUCCUGUCUGGGCGAGAAGUUUGUGAUACAGGGAGUCGCUAGCUUAUUGGCAUCACUGCUCGAGCACUACGAGAUAAAGAGUCAGCCGGGCUCAAAGCAGAAGCAAGAGCCAUCACAAGCAGGUGAUAACUACGUUAUUCGCCUCCCGCAGAAUCCAGAGAUCGCCCUCGUGCCCAGGACCAACUAAAAGAUAGACGUCAACAACAACAAAUCAGAGGUAUGUGUAGUAAAAUGCUAAAGCCAUAUAGUUAGUGGAAGUUUUUGAGCUCAUGUUUUGGUGUAUCUCUUACACCCCCGACAGUGCUUGAGCUUACCACGUACACAUCUUUUCAUAUUCUCUAUGUUUUUUUAAUGGGGGCUCUUCCCCUGUUUUGGUGUGGGGUUUUUUUUUUUUUUCAAAGGGUUUUGGAGUGUCCUUCUCUGUUGAUUGUUCAUCAAGUUUUUUUUGGGGGGACCUCUCUAAAACUCUAUGAACUGUAUUAUGCUCCAAUGUUUUGUAUACUGUGUGCGCUCUAUGUUUGAAGACUUGUAGUCUAUGUUCGCAGUUUUUUUUUUCAAUUGAGGAAAUAUAUAUUAUGUUUGUA